AUGGGGAGAGAACCUACAAGCCUUGGCUGUCACACGUGCCGCCAGCGACGGAUUCGAUGUGAUCAGGCCAAACCUAUCUGUGCGCGAUGCAAGCGGGCAGGCUAUAAAUGCCAGGGAUACGAAAAAGUUUUUCGACAACAAAACUACGGCGUUCACCAGAGCGAGGAAGGGUCAACGUCUGCGAUGUUUAUAAAACUUAAUUACGCGACUUCUUACCCAUGCCGUUUAGGUCAAGAAACCCGUGGUGGGAGUGAAUCACGGCACAACAAGACGGUCAACGAAGAUUGCACAUCCACAUCCACUCUACCUGAGCCAGCUGAUCAUCCACUGCGUGACGAAGGCUUCCUAGAACCAUUUCUCGAUCAUGUCACCUUUUCCUACUUCUUCGACUCGUACGGCUGGAUCAAUAUGCACAGCAUGCUGCUUCAAGAUUCCCCAAUGCGACAACAUCUUGCCCAGGAGCAUGAUACUCUUGGCUAUGAUAGCUUACGAGCUCUAACCUACGGCAUCUUUGGUCGUGAUCACAAAAUUAUCACCCUACAGCGCUCAGCUUCUCGAAUCUAUGGUUCCCUUCUUCGAAAGCUCCAACAUAAGCUAGACACGUCGACAAAAUCGGACUUGGCACGACUUAUUAAGCCAAUUGCAAUCAUGGGGUCUUACUCCAUUGCGGUAGAAAAUGACCAUCGAUUUACGCAUCACUCUGGAUUAGCCUUCAUCCUUCAGCAUUGCGGCCCUUGUCACUUUGCCGAUGCUUCUCUUUUGUCAAUUUAUGAGUCCUGUCGCUUCACAAUGGUUGCGAAUGCUUUGGUUCGACGUCAAGCGACAUUCUUAGAAAGGGAUGAAUGGAAGACCACUCCGUGGCUGCUCCAUCCAGAAAUGAAAACCAACGCAAGCAAGCUCAUCGACAUCGUUUCUGAUAUUCCUGGAAUCAUUCAGAGUACCGAUGACAUACUCGACAAGCGAUCUCAGUGGGUGUAUAAUGGACUUAAUAUCCCGCGAAAAGAAACUCUGACCACUGUUCACGAUCUGCAAUGUCGCUUGGAACAAGUUUUUUCUUGUCUUCAGAACUGGCAACGAGAAUGGUCGACGAUGAAUGGCCCGAGUGUGUCUCAAAUUCUACAAUGGGCUCUAUUUCGAGCAAAAGACGACUAUUACCGCCCUGGCAUUUUUGGUAUGCAAGGUCCUGACGCCUACGGCCUGAAUAUGGACAACCAGACAGGCGUGAACAUUCCUUUUGUGAAAGUAGUUGAUCACGGCGAGCCCGAACCGAACACAGCCACAUUCGGUCUGAUGACGGAGGCCGCAUUAUUUAUAACGGCCCUCAUAUGGAUCGAUCGGCUUCGGAAAAAUCUCAAAGGCGCUUCUGAAUCUGCGGAGUCUAUCGACUUUUAUAACUCCCCGUUUUACACGCAGUGCCGUUGCUACUAUGACAGCCCAGGGCCGCUAAGACUCUGUCAAAUUUUUCCUGAUCGUGAUCCAUAUGUAGAAAGACAUUUAUCUUGGAACUUGAACUCCGCUCGGAUCUGCGAGUCCCCUACUUUUACCUCCGGUGAUAACGAGAGUUACCGCAGUCAUAGCUCUGCGGCUACAACUACGGCUGCUGGUGCCGCUUGCUCAUGUUUUGGCCAACACUCAUGGGCAGCCAAUACUGGAAAUGAUUCUCUUCAAAACAUUCUUCUACCUGGGGACAUUCGGUUUUCAGCGCAACUGCGUAUUUUGAAUUGGUUGACAUCUCAUUUGCCGCAAAGUCGGACUUCUGUGCUCAGCACACUUGCGGCCAUGGGAUUGACUCAUUGUGUGCAUGAUGUUCGACCUUCGGAAGGAAACGAGGACAUCGCAUUAGCUAUACGUGAAACCAUGAUUAAGUCGAGAUUCCAAGGGGCAGCGGAACUGUUACGUAGGAAAUAUCGUUGA